AUGGCAUACCCUGAGAAUGUUGGCAUCAAAGCCAUGGAAAUCUACGUCCCUGGACAGUGCUUGGACCAGUCUCUCUUUGAGCAGCACCAAGGCGUCUCAGCGGGUAAAUACACCAUUGGCUUGGGCCUCAAAUACAUGAACUUCUGCAACGACCGUGAGGAUGCAUCUUCCAUGGCCCUCACUGCCAUAUCUUCGCUCAUGCGAAAGUACGACAUCAACCCCAACUCGAUUGGCCGCCUCGAAGUUGGCACCGAAUCCUUGGUUGAUAAAGCUAAGUCUGUCAAGACAGUGCUGACCCAGCUCUUCGAGCCUGCCGGGAACACCAGCCUGGAAGGUAUCGACACCAUUAACGCAUGCUACGGUGGCACGAGCGCCUUGUUCAACGCUGUCAACUGGGUCGAGUCCAGAUCAUGGGACGGCCGAAACGCUAUCGUUGUUGCGUCAGACAUUGCCUUGUACAACGAGCCCGCCUCUCGUCCCACGGGCGGUGCCGGUUGUGUCGCCAUGCUCGUGGGCCCAAAUGCGCUGCUUUCAAUGGAGCCGGCGCUCAAGGGAACCUUCAUGACCCAUGCCUACGACUUUUACAAACCUGAUCUCAAAGCAGAGUUCCCUCUGGUUAAUGGACAUGAGUCGCUUCGGUCGUACAUGUCAGCACUGGACGGUUGCUAUCAACGUCUUCGUGAGAAGGUAGAAGCAGCUAACCAACGCACAAACGGACUUGGGCCGAAAACUGAUACUAACAACCUGCUGAACAUAUUCAACUACAUGGCAUUUCACACCCCCAACUGCAAGAUUGUGAGCAAGUCGUAUGGACGACUGUUGUACAACGACUUCCGACUGGAUAGUGACAAGAGCCGAUGGGAGGCGACGUUGACGGAAGAGCUCCGCGGGCUCAGCUACGAGGAGUCUCUGAAGAGCAAGGAACUUGAAAAGAUCUUUGUCACCCAGUCCAAGGAUCUCUUUAAAGCGAGAGUUGAGCCCUGUAUUGCCGCUCCCACUUUAUGCGGCAACAUGUACACAGCUAGCCUGUACUGCUCUCUCAUCAGCUUGAUCAGCCACAUCGAUCUCAGAGACAGUGUUGGGAAGACUAUCGGCAUGUUCAGUUAUGGCAGCGGUAUUGCCAGCACUCUCUAUGGGCUCAAGAUUACGGGAGAUCUCAGCGAGAUGGUCCAGAAGAUUGAUCUUAUGAAGCGUCUCGAGCAACGUGAAAUUUGUACGCCUGAGCAGUAUGAGGAGGCCUGCUUUCUCAGAUUGAAGGCAUAUGGCGCCAAAGGCUAUGAGCCUGCUGGAAGUAUUGAAGUCAUGGCUCCUGGAACGUACUACCUACAGAGAGUUGACGAUGCUUACCGCAGGUUCUACGCUGUGAAGCCGUGA